AUGGCUUCCCCAACGCAGCCGACGAAAGAGCCUGCGCUUGCGACAACGAAACGCAAAUUCGAUACGCUGCUAGAUAGGCUGCAAAAUGCGAGCGCUUCGACCACCUCCCUUGCAAAUACCCUCCACGAAUCGAACGGCUCCACGACUUCUCUCAACCAGCCCUUCACACCCGAACCCGCCUCGAAGCGAUACCGGCUCUCGGAUAUUGGCAUGAAUACCUCACGGCAGGUAUCUGGCAGUGAGCGGAUACAGCAGCUGAAAUCACAACUCUUGACGCCGCGCAAAGAUGGCGUCGAGAAAGCCGGCAGUCCCAGCCCAGGUGGAGUCCGUGUAGUAGGACAGUCUACCACGCCUCGAAAACCCGCAAACUAUCAACCAUACAGCCAGGAGCAAUUUCUCGCACGACUAAAAACUUUCGCCGAUGUGAAGAAGUGGACCAACAAGCCGGAUGCGCUUGGGGAGGUCGAGUGGGCGAAGCGCGGCUGGUCAUGCGACUCUUGGAAUACUGUGGCUUGCAAAGGAGGCUGUGAGAAAAGGCUUGUCGUGAGGUUGCGGCCCAAGAGGAAGGACCAGGAUGGCAAGGAGCUUGACAUGAGCGAGGAUCUCACAAUCGAGGUCGAUCCUGCAUUGAUAGAGAAGUACCAGGAGUUCAUCAUAGAUGCACAUCACGAGGACUGUUUGUGGAAGAAGCGUGGCUGUCAAGACGACAUCUAUCACAUACCAAUACCGAGCCGCGCACAAAGCACAGCCGAUCUCCUCACUCGCUAUCGAUCGUUCGGGACCAUCGUCAACGACCUGCCCAUAUUGGAGAACCUCAUAUAUCCAGACCCUCGAAUAGAGGACAUCCUCAAACGUGUACCUGCCUCCUUCUACAACCCUCCUGGGUCAGAUAUAUCCGAGAGUCCACCUACGACCCCUACAGAUAUAGUCUCAUUCUUGUUUGCUAUCUUUGGCUGGAAGGGCGUAUCCGAAACGAAGAUCUCAAUGGCAGUAUGCGGCCACUGCCACCAACGCGUCGGCUUGUGGCUCGUGAAGGAUGAUCGUCUCAAAGAGAUGAGCAAGAAGCUCGACGUGCCCAUCGAAACACUGCGCCUCAACUUGGUCGAAUCACAUCGGGAGCACUGCCCUUGGAAGAACCCUGAAACCCAGCACAACCCUACCGAUGGCCCAAUAGCGAAUAUGGCUGGUUGGCAGACUCAAGAGUUCAUGUUGCUAGGUACGAGGAGGGAGAAGAGGAAGGAUCAGGAGCCCACGCAUGCCAGGAACAUCGAGAGCGUGGAUUUAGGAAGCGAAUUCACGUAUCCGCGAGGCAGCACUGAUAGCGAUAUUCGCGACCCGACAAAGGAGGAUAAGGAUGAGGACCUCAAUUCCAAGUGGAAGAAGCUCAAAGCGAAACUCAAGAGGACGGCCUCGAAGAAAAGCCUGAAGAGCACAAAGAGUGUCAAAAGCACGAAGAGCGCGAGGAGUGUUGCGGAGAAGGAGUAG